AUGGAACUUUCUAGCAGCCAGGAUGGUGAAAUCCAAAUCCCAACUAAUAAUUAUGUUGCUACUGGUGUUACUAGUAACGGACAUGGUCAUCAUCAUCAUCAUCAUCACCACCAUCCUCCUCCUCCUCCACCACCACCUCUCCUACACCACAGCCACAAUAACAUCAUAACAUCUUCCUCAGCCGCACUAGUACCUCAGAGUCAGAACCCUUCAGUUAAUGGCACAACCACAAACUCUACUGGUGUAGAACUAGAUCUUGAUCAAUCCUCCUACAAGAAACCGUUAUCACAAGUGGUGGUCAAGUACAGAGAAUGCUUGAAGAACCAUGCAGCUGCAAUGGGAGGAAAUGCUACAGAUGGUUGUGGUGAGUUCAUGCCAAGUGGUGAACAAGGUUCCAUAGAAGCACUCAACUGUUCGGCUUGCCAUUGUCACAGAAACUUCCAUAGAAAGGAAAUUGAAGGUGAAACUGAUGAAGAAAACUACCAACAUCACCAUAACUCACCUUUCACCUUCAACUUCAACAGACAACAACAACAACAACAUCACAGCAUGAGGAAAUUCAUGUUACCUCUUCCUGAUCAACCUCUCGGGCUUGGCUACCACCACCCUCACACUACUCCUAACUCUACAUCAGCAGCAGUAACAGGUAACAACAACAAUAUUCUUCCUUCUAGAGCUGUAGCACCACCACCACAUGGACAUGGACACAUCAUUAUGCCUUUCAACUACAACAUACCUUCUGAAUCUGAUGAGCAAGAAGAACAUGGUAGAACGCAGAGUCAGCAUCAACAGGUAGUGAUGAAGAAAAGGUUCAGGACAAAGUUUACACAGGAGCAGAAGGAGAAAAUGCUGAACUUUGCUGAGAAAGUUGGAUGGAAAUUUCAGAAACAGGAAGAAUCUCUAGUGCAACAGUUCUGUGCGGAGAUUGGAGUGAAGAGAAGAGUGCUAAAGGUUUGGAUGCAUAACAAUAAGCAUAAUCUUGCAAAAAAACAACAUAUUGAUAUUACCACUCAUCAUCUUCCAACUCCUUAA